AGCACAGCCAUGGAAUUCCCUGAAGAACGUCGCUUCCUUUUCCGUUUGGCUCUGACAGAGAACCAAAAUGGUGCAGCGCCUCACGUAUCGACGACGCUUGUCGUACAACACAAAAAGCAACAGGAGACGUGUUGUUCGUACUCCUGGAGGUAAACUGGUAUACCAGUACUUGAAGAAGCCUAAGAAGAUCCCCAGAUGUGGUCACUGCAAGGAUAAGCUAAGAGGUAUUCAACCUGCACGACCAAUGGAGCGUUCAAGGAUGUGUAAACGCAAGAAGACCGUGAAGCGUGUGUAUGGUGGAGUGCUCUGCCAUAAAUGUGUAAAAGAAAGGAUUGUCAGAGCUUUCUUGAUUGAGGAACAGAAGAUUGUCGUUAAGGUGAUCAAAGCCCAACAAGCCUCAACAAAGGCAAAGAAGGAAAAGUGAUCCGUACGCAUCUUUUAAUUUAAAAUAAAUAAAAAAAAUCAAAGGAAAAAA